GAGUGUGCAGCACAGACGGGGAGCAUGUGAUCAGACACUCGCUGCUGCUGAACUUGUGAGUGGAGCCCCUGGAAGAAAACACAGGGCACUGCAGAGUUAACCUAGGCAAGGGCCGUUUUCAGUCGGAUCCCGCUGCUUUUCGGGGAGCUUCCUUUGCGAAGUAUGUUUUGGAGGAGCUGUGGGAGGAGGGCGAGAUGCUGCUGCUGCACGUUCGGUGCAAAGCCCGUGGCUGUGAUAGGCUGAAGGGACAUGGAUACUCUGCCUAUAUAUGCUGGCAACUGCAUCCUCUCUGCUUUAUAGCUGUCACUGAGGAGCAAAGAAAGGCAGUGAGAAGGGCAGGGGAGAACAAAAACCUUACCAACUCGCUUGUUUUUUUUUGAGAAUAAGCCCUAAACUCUGAUACCCAUGGAUGCUGCAGAAUUCCGCAAGAGAGGGAAGGAGAUGGUGGACUAUGUUGCAGAUUACCUGGAGAAGAUAGAGAAACGACAGGUAUUCCCAGAUGUGGAACCAGGAUACUUACGGCCCCUCAUCGCAGACUGUGCACCCCAGGAUCCUGAGAGCUUUGAGGAUGUCUUCAAAGACAUUGAGAAGAUCAUUAUGCCAGGGGUGACUCACUGGCACAGUCCAUACUUUUUUGCCUACUUCCCUGCAGCCUCUUCCUUCCCAGCCCUUCUUGCAGAUAUGUUGUGUGGUGGAAUAGGAUGUGUGGGCUUCUCUUGGGCUGCAAGUCCAGCUUGCACAGAGCUGGAGACUGUCAUGCUGGAUUGGCUAGGGAAAAUGGUUAAUUUGCCUGAAGAGUUUUUAGCUGGGAAGGAUGGCCAAGGUGGAGGAGUCAUUCAGGGAAGUGCAAGCGAGGCCACCCUGAUUGCAUUGCUUGCUGCAAGGACAAAGACCAUCAGACAGGUGCAGUCAGAGAAGCCUGAGCUAACAGAAGCAGAGAUCAUGGGCAGGCUGGUGGCUUAUGCUUCUGAUCAGGCUCAUUCAUCUGUGGAAAGGGCUGCACUAAUUGGUGCUGUGAAGAUUAAAAGUGUUCCUUCAGAUGAAGCAUUUAGUGUUUGUGGUUCAGCCCUGAAGAAAGUUCUGGAUGAAGACAAAGCUGCUGGUCUUAUACCAUUCUUUUUCUGUGCAACACUUGGAACCACCUCUUGCUGCUCCUUUGACAAACUGUUGGAACUGGGUCCUAUUUGUAAUAAGGAAAAUAUCUGGAUGCAUAUUGAUGCAGCCUAUGCAGGAAGUGCUUUCAUCUGCCCUGAAUUCAGGCAUCUUUUAAAUGGAGUGGAGUUUGCAGAUUCAUUUAACUUUAAUCCUCACAAAUGGCUCCUAGUGAAUUUUGACUGCUCUGCAAUGUGGGACACACUGGCUUUUGAACCUCAGUCCAGUCACACCACCCCUAGCUGGCCACAGGUGAAAAAAAGAUCAGAUUUAAUAGGGGCCUUUAAAUUAGAACCUCUUUACCUGCAGCAUCACCAUCAGGAGUCUGGUCUCGUAACAGAUUAUCGGCACUGGCAAAUCCCCCUGGGCAGGAGGUUCCGCUCCCUGAAGCUCUGGUUCGUGCUGAGGAUGUACGGGGUCAAGGGGCUGCAGGAGCACAUCCGCAAGCACAUCAGACUGUCGCAUCAAUUUGAACACUUAGUCCUUCAGGAUGAAAGGUUUGAGAUUUGUGCUGAGGUUGUCUUGGGACUGGUCUGCUUCCGGCUGAAGGGCUCAAAUGAACUAAACGAGGCGCUUCUUAAAAGCUUAAAUGAUGCCAAGAAGAUCCAUCUGGUCCCGUGCCACCUGCGAGAGAAGUUUGUGCUACGUUUUGCUAUUUGUUCCCGCACAGUGGAAUCCACCCACAUCAAGUUUGCCUGGCAGCACAUCUCACAGCUGGCAACUGAUCUUCUGAAAACAUGGGGGCAAAACCACCACCAGCAGUAACAGCAGUGAAGUAUAAGUGGAGAUUAGGUAAUUAACUGGCUUUCUCUGUGUUGUCAAGUUUUAUUUUAGAUGCAGGUGGGAAAGUCAAACCAUGAAGGAAAAAAGUACAAAACCUGUUGUUAUAUAGCCCAGCUGCAGUAGCAAAAUCCUUGCCAGCAAGUUGAGUUGUAACCGUAGUCAUUCCUUCUCUGUACUGUAGUUUCAUCUUGCAUGUUUCCAGGAUGCACAUAGCCAAGGAGACUCGAGCUGCCAUUUUUUACCAGAUUAUACUCAAGAGCAUUUGUUCAACCAAGCAAUGGAAAUGGAAGGGUUGGUGCUCCCUCCGUUCACCUCUAGCACACCCUUUUUUCUUCACAAAUGAAACUAAGAGGUAUUAUAACCAAUUAAUUUAACAUUACUAUGACUGCAGGAAGAACCCAAGCUGGGGAAGUUUAAUUCAGGUUCUAGGUAUGUUAAUAUCUGAAUAGGCAUGCACAAAGGCAGUUGCCAGGAUUUGGGACAUUAUCAUGCCAUGAUACACUUGCUGCAGUAAUUUCGUAGAUGAACAAAGGACAAAGGACUUCAAGACUUCCUUCACUGCAAUAGCCAAACCUAUGGGAACAAGCACAGAAUGAUUACUAAUCGUCCUUCUGGCAGGUUCUCUACUUUCCUCUAAAUGGUUUGCUUUUAAAACAGCCAUUUUGUCAAAUUCCAGCAAAUAGGUUAUGCUGGCUAUUAGUUUCCAGACUGAUCAUUCAUAAUGGCAUCCCUGAAAAGCUCCUCCUGAAGAGUUUUGUCAAAAGCCAUGUGCUACCUGGUAUUCUGUAUUUUUAAUCAAGUUAUUUUCAGCAGUGAUUACUUGAAAAUAGUCUGUGAGAUAUGUUCUGUGAAACUGAGUUGUGAUUUAUUUUUAUGGCUACCAUUUUGAUUACACCAUGGUAUAAUAAAUCUUUGACAAAAUGUGCUAAGAAGUGUGAUGUCAAAAUGUUAUUCUUAGUUUCUCAAAUUCUCUAACAAAUGAGAAACGAGAGAAUAAAAAUAGGAAGUAAGAGAACAAACCCCCAAAAUCAGCUGUGGUGCCCCCAUCAGUAGUUUUCUUCCAUUAACGGUGAUGAAUGGAAAAUUAAAAUACUGGGAAACGUCUUUCUGAGAAAGUCAAAUCAUAUAUAUUUGACUCAAACCAUUGAUAUAUCAUUCUAUCAAAGACAGGCACAGUAAAGAGCUAAAAUUAAAGUUAGAGGUGAAAGUCAGAAAAAGUCAAGAUGUACUUUUGCCAUUUUAAAAACACAGAUUCCAGGCAGUUAUUUCUGUAUAAAUAAGAACAACAUAAGUAGCUGCUCCAAGAAAAAUAGGAUUAAUGUAGGAUUAAUUUCUACAUUUGCAUUUCAAUCUUCCUUUUAAUGAUCAUAUUAACUCCUAAAGCCUCUUGAGAAAUGUGCACAAUCAUUCAGCUUUCUUCUUCCAUCCCUUUCAAUUAUACUUCCUAUGGUUGGGAAGUUGCAAGUAGACCAGGGAACAUGGAUCAGGACAGUUAAUUUGGGACAUGGUCUUCUCCUACCUCUGUCUUUCCUAAUCUCUCACUUCUGGGGUGCAGACUGGGAAGGAUUACUAUUUCCAUAAGGAACUGAUUUCCCAGGUAGCAGAUGAAGAAAGGGAUAACCAAUGAAUUUGGUAAAAUGCAGUAAUAUUUGAGCAGGUGACUACACAAGACCCUACUGUCAGCUUCAGUGUCAGAAAUUUUGAUAGCAACAUUCUCUUCAGCAGAACUAACAUGAAAUUUCACUUUUCUGUGGUAGCACAAUGGAAUAGAUUGAUAGACUGAAGAGAGUGAAAAAGCUGGCAGUUGUUCUCUUUCUCUGUUACUAUUUCCUUUUAAACAACAUUAUUCAUAUCUCAUUACCUGGAAAACAAUGUUCAUCCAUAACAUGUAUCUUCCACACUGAUACAAUUUUACAGCUUUUACAUUAUAAAACUCUAGAAUCUUGGAGCCAAAGAAGAAUUACACCUUCUCUGUGAGACAGACCAAUAUUUUGUAUGGGAAAUAUAUAACCAGGUCUGUCCGGGAGUGGUGGGGGGGAGAAAUCAGAUUUGGAUCAAAGCUAUCACAGAGUAAAUCCAGGAUAAUUCCACUGAAAUUAAAUGGAGCUGCUUUGGAUUUAGGCGAGUAUAAUUGAAAUUAAAAAUCUGACUAAUAAGUAUUGGAAAAGAAAGGCAUAAGGUAAGGUACCACUGAACUGAACAUAAGAAGAUUCUGCUGGAAAUCUGCUCCGUGGAAACCAGAGCAGAGAUGAAUGAUGCCUGCCUGUGUGAGCCUCAAGCUGCUAUAAAACUGGGAUGCAGGCAUGAUGCACACUCAAACCUAGGAGAGGUGAAAUGUCCCCAACAGCCCAGAAUUAGACAUAGAUCCCUUUAGACAUUUGGGGGAAAACACUCCCAAAACUGACAUUUAAUUAAACAUUUUUCAGUAUCUGGAAAUGGCUGUUGUCCAGAUACAAAAAUUCCUGCUGGCAAAGAAUUUAAAAUUUAGGAGAAAGGCUAAUUUAAAAUAUAGAUGGAGUAAAAUAUAAUUUUUGUGGUUUUGUUUUUUUUUUAAAAGAAGUGACAUAAGUAGAUCUGUCUAAUAAACAGCAGUGAUGAGACCCAUGGAUUACAUUUCCCCGUGGCUAGCCCAGUACAGAAACCUGAGGUUCACAGUUCAAAUAUGUAACUAGUGAAUUCUCUCAUACCCUCUUUUUUUCCAUGUGAUAAUUCCUUCUUAGACUAUUAACAUUAGGUCAUCUGAAAAGGAAAUAUGGGCUAUGUAAUCAACUCAAGAAGAAGCAUUGAAAGGAACUUUUUGAAAGAAGAUGGUACCUGCUGUUUCUGUCCUGUAGCUUUGCAACAUAUCUGUAAGUGAGAAACACUGUAUUUAUGAAUAGUUAAUGUUAACCUGGAUUUAUUGUGCCUUGUGUGCAAAAGCUAAUACAGUCUGUGCCGAUGAAUACUGUUUGAUAUUAAAAAUAAUUACAAAAUCUCAGAACCGUACAUUAGUAGAAUACUCACAUCUCAAGGAAGACUGUGGCUAUUAAAGAAGGAGAGAAAAAAACCUUGACUUUUACUUUCAGGAACCUAUAUUUUUUUUUUUUUUUGUUUAACUAGCAGAGUAUUUACAUUCUUAACAACAGAUUAUAUAUAUAUUUUAUUAGUGAUGGUGGAAUAAUGAAAAUAUAUGUAUUUAUGAAAGUAUUUGUAACAUAUUAUACUCUGAACUGCAUUAUAAUUAUUAAAAUUUUAAUUUUUUUAUUGCAUUUACAUACAAGAUUCUGCUCAUGGUUGUUUUGUUGUUGUUGAAGGUUACCAUAUGUGAUGAGUAGUACUCAUAUAGAAGUUGCCUUACAACAGCAGUCUAAACCUUGAGAUGUAUAAACCUGAAUUGCUCAAAGAUAGAAGCAAACUAGAGAUAAAACUGAGAAUCCUGAAGACCAGGGUGGUUGGUGAGAACAGGUUAAAAAACUGUCAAUGGAUAAUAUCUAUAUAGUAUACAUAGAGUUUGUAUGUUCUAAAUGGAAAAGUAAUCAAAAGUCUAAUGCUUAAUUGUAAUUUGUGAGUUGUUGACUCCCUUUAAAAUCUGUAUCCAAAAACAAAUUGAACAAACAUACAAGUUUUAAUUGGCAAUAUUAAUAAACAGAAAAAAAACCUA